AUGGAGUUUAGCCCGGCAGAUGCUCGCUGCCUUCAGCUGUCCUACCAUGAUGGAGAGCACUACAACAGCGUCCGGUUUGAAUGGGAUCUCUGUCCGGGCAAGCCGGUCAGCUUCCUUUCUCUGCAGCAGCUGAAGAUGAAGGACAGCGACGUCGUCGCGCUGCUGGAAGAGGUGAAGUACAGCCUGCCUCCCAACCACAGCUUCGAGGAAGCAACACUGCGCUCCACGCUGCUGCAGUCCAAGUACGACGCCGGGGCAGCUGUGGAACUGUUGCUCAACAAGCUGGCGGGCGUUACAGAGCCACAAUCUGCUCCAGUGGAGUCGAAGGACGUUGCAGCCGCUGCACCCGAGCAGGGGCCCUCGGAUGCCAGCCCGGCGGCAGCCACCCAG